CCGAAACACACCCCUCCGGUACCAACUUAUGCAUAAUAACAUAGAUUCAGAUUCAUAUUGCUAUUGCUUCGCGUAAGACUGAUACUCUUGUACAUGUAUGAGAAACUGCUCACCUCAAUCUGUUCGUCGGCAUAUUUUAGAAUUUAAAGUUUUCCAAUAACGAAAACAAUUUGAGCGUGUUCAACUUAGCUUUAUUGGAAAGACAAAAUUUAGGAAACCCAGCAAGCCUUGGGACAAGAGGAGUCAUCAGCGCGUUUUGGUUGCAGGAAUUGUGUCGUGUUAACGAGAACCAACGAAUCCAGCGAUGGCCGAUGGAAAUAGAGCACUUCUGGGCAGUGUCCUGCUGUUCUUCUUGUCGGUGGGGAUUAUGGGCACUGCCAUCUACGAGUUCAUCAUUAAACCGGAAGCGGCAGCCCUCGCGGCCGCCGAGGCCGCCGUCGAGGCCGCCGCGGCAGACCCUGGACUCCCGCACCGCACGGCGGCGACGCCGCCAGACGAGGAGAGGGGCUCCCCGACGACGCCUCGAGUCACGGCCCUCGCCUCGUCCGCGGAGGCCACCAUCGCCGGCCUCGGCGCCGUCGACCAAAAUCUGAAUCAGGGCCCCGCAUGAAGCAACCAAAAGAAGUACGGCCGGCAACGCAUUCGAUAAAUUUACGACUUUGAAACGAGGAGUAUUAAACGAUUGACGAGGAGGUGCUCUUCCAGCUGGUGGCCGCGGCCGGGCCCCGCGCCGGGUGCAGCCCGUCGGGCUUAUCUUAUCCCCUGGCCGUGUAGCGACACGACCGACCUCCGCUGGAGCCGACUGUAGCCGGGGCACACCGGAUGGAGACGUGCAGGUCCUGGAUAUAAAGAUGUGCUGGCAUCGCGUCACCGGAGCCAAAUCAUCGUGAUCCAAGGAUAUUUCUCGAACGGAAAAGAGUUUAUCCAGCAAAUUAUUUGUAACACUUAGUGUCUUUCAUUCAUUAAGUAAAAAGGAAAUGAAUGCGAAGAAUGUCAUUCGGCGAGCGCACCGCACGGUGCUUACCCGUACCACCAUCACCUCCUCCUCAUGCUUGAUCUGCUCAACGGGCUCGCUUAUUGCAUUCUGGGCUUCAAUAGAUAUAGAUCAAUCGCUCGGCCUCGCCGAG